GAAGAAAUAGAAGAAGAAGAAGAAGAAGAAGAAGAAGAAGAACGUAAAGUCGUAAACAAACCCUGCAACUGUCAAUGUUAAAUGCUACGGCUUGCUCUCAAUAGGAUUAACCACCUUCGUGAAUAAUGGAAUAAAUGUUUGAAGAACUGCUGAAUGACCUUGGCAAGGAAAUGAAGAAAAAUAAUACAUAGCUGCACUGUAACUGGAACAAGUCAAAGAAAUAUGGGUCAUUUAGUGAUGAAACCAACAACAAAGUAAAAUACUCUUAUUGCUAAGAUAGAGUUCAUAUAGGGAAUUUCGGAAAAUGAAACUCAUCAUUUUUUAUAUCUGCAAAAAUGAAUCCCAGUCAGCAGGCUUUGUUUAUUGGCUGAUUUUUGUGUAAUAUCAAUAGAUAUAGAGUACAGUACAGUAUAGCAGUAUUAUAUCCAUCCUAUAAUACAGCUGUUUUAGCAUCCAUGAUGAAUCCCCAAAUGCAGUUUAACUUGUCACAUAUCAUUGGGCAAGCUGUAGAUGUUACAAAUUAUACAUUUCAGCACCAUAUACAUGGCUAUGGUAACAUAAACAGUAUUAGCAACAUCAAUAAUAAUGUUAGUAACCCUCAGGCAGUAGGAGCUCAGCCAGUUCCUGUUCAGAAUGUUGAAGUGCCUACUGUGUCUGUUCCCCCAGGUACAGGAGUACUAGCCCUGAGUUAUGCACAGCAGCAACAGCCAGCUCCUAUGCAAUCUUACCAUGCUGUGUUUAACAGCAUGACAGUGACGCAUGUUGCACCUCAAGUCCCCACACCACAAGUCCAAUAUUUUUCAUAUGACUCCCCUUGUGUUACUUUAAGGCCACAUGUGCAUUCUCAAGUAACUCACCAGGUGCCUCCCACACAUGUAAUGAAUGCUCAGGGAUCUGCAAAGUACAACAGCUGUUCUUUGCCUUUUCAGAAUUUAAAUUCAGUUGAAGUUGAUAGUGGGGCAGCAAGUACUUUGCAGCCAGAAACCAUUAGUAAUGGUAGUGCUGAAAUGAAUGAAGUUCUUGUGGAAACAAGGAAGAAGAGGAGGAAGGAAGGCAUUAAUGCAAAAUAUGAAAGGAAGACACGAAGAAAUCGAGGUGAGGCGUACAUUAGUGCAUCUGGAAAACAUAUGAAGGCAAAACAAUAUAUUGAGAGAGAUUGUUCUUGUAAAAACAAGUGUAUAUUAAAAUUAGGGACUGCUGAAGAUCGGGAAAAUGUUUUCAAAAAAUUCUGGGGCAUCGGGAACUUUUCCCAGCAAAAUGCUUAUCUUAUAGAAAAUGUGACAUUAGUCCCAAGUGAAUGCAAGAAACGCAAGAUUCCAUCAUCAGAGGCUGAGGAAAAGAAUUUGAAAACCAUGAAGAGAAUUUACCAAAUUAAGUUACCAAACACAAAUAAACCAGUACGUGUUUGCAAGUCCAUGUUCCUCAGUCUACAUGGAGUUUCUAAUGGACGUCUAGAUCGAGUUCUUCAGGCAGUAAAUUGUUCUUUAUCUUUUGCCUUGCAGGACAGAAGAGGCCAGCAUACCCCAAGCAAUAAAACUUCCGAAGAGGACGUAAAAUUUGUAGUUGAGCACAUUGUUGCUAUGAGGCAGAGAAGGCAAAGUGGUUUUGGUUCUUCAGCAUGUACAAAUGAACAUGGACUUUUGCUAACUCAGAUGUCUUCAGAAAUGCCUGUUGCAGGAGGGAAAGAAGUGUCUGUGAAAAGGAUGUAUGCUUCUUAUAAGAUGCUUUGCAAAGAAGAAGGAAGACCUCCUGUCAGCCUUUGGGUUUAUAGGCGCAUUGAAAAAAAUAAGUUUUCUCAAGAAAAUAAUAACAAUACUGACACUGUAGCAAACACCGAUUCCUCUUGUGAUCGUACUUUUGUGAUGCAUACUCCUCUUGAAAAUAAUGCAAGACAAAUUUUGUCAGUGAAUAUAGUGAAUGCCAGUGAAGGGACCAACAGGAUUCUUAAUGAAGUCACUCAUGUUUCCAGAAAAUAUAAUUUAAUGUCUGAUGCUGGAAGCGCAAGGAAACCUGGUUGUACAAUUGUGAUGAGCCGAGAGGAACGGAAAUCAAAAAGGAACCAGGGUCACUCAUAUUAUACUGCAACAGGCAAAUAUAAGGAUGAAAAAUGUUACCUUGAUAAAGAGUGUGGAUGCAAGUACAGGUGUAUCCCCAAACUGGGAAGUUUAGAAAUUCGUAAGAAGAUAUUUUCAGAGUUUUGGAGCCUUGCUGAUUUUUCACUACAGAAUGCCUAUAUUGCAGCAAAAGUAACUAUAGCUCCAGUUGUGAAAAAACAUGAUAAAUCUUCAGAGAAGUUUGCAAAGACAUGCAGCAGAAAUUAUUACGUCCAGUUAAAGGAAAGUGGUGGUGAUGUUCGUGUCUGUAAGAUGGCAUUUCUACAACUACAUGGUAUUUCUAAUGGAAGAGUCGAUCGUGUCCUGCAAGCAGUUGCCUGUAAAUCUCCUUAUGCUCUUCAAGAUCGUAGGGGCCAUCACUCGCCAAAAAAUAAAACUAGGGAAGAGGAUGUAGAAUAUGCAAGUUCUCAUAUGAGGUCUUUUCUCAAAGAGUAUCCAAGUGAAGCAGGGGAAGGUCCUAAUAAAUUUUGUCUUCCACAAGACUUCAAUAUACAGAAAAUGUACUUGAUGUACAAAGAAAUGUGCCUACAAAAUGGGAAGAUACCUGUUGGUUGUUUUGUUUACAGAAAAAUCUUGAAAGAAAGAUUUCAUUGUCAUGUUAGAUCCCCAGCCAAUAAAACUCCAGAUGAUGAUUUAGAGUUUGCAUUUCAACAUAUCAACUCCUGCACAGCUGUGUCAAAGGAAACUCCAGGACAAGGAAAGCAAGUGAUCUCACCAAAUCCCUUUUCUGAUACCAGUGUCAAGAAAUUACAUUGUGAUUAUAUCACAAAAUGUUAUGAAGAAGGAAGGAAGCCUGUUGGUAUUGAUGUGUACAGAAGGAUAUUCAAUUCAAAACAGAAGUAAUGCUAAGAUAUGCAUAAAAUUGAAUUUUUUGGAAAUUAAGUAUAUAUUUUUUAACAAA